AUGAYUACAGCCAUGCAAGUCAUAGGAUUCAAGUUAGGAYAUGACAUCGYAUUAUUGAAAUUGGAUUCACAGAUAUUGAUGACACAGUCGACGGGUGGGUAUCCGACAGUUAAUGCCAUUUGUUUGCCCGACAGAGACAUUGUUAACACCGAUAAAGAGUUGGCAGUGUUUGCCGGUUUCGGUGAUAUCGAAGAUAAUGUGAUUAAUUCGGGUCAACUCCGGACGGGUUGGUUUCAGAUGCCUGAGUCGUCUAAUAACUCGACAGAUAACUACAGUUAUUUGAUUUUAAGUAAAAGAUAUCCAUUAAUUGAGGGAACCGGUGGCUGUCAGGGUGAUUCUGGUGGACCAUUGGUUCAGUAUGUAGUGGAUGACGACAACAGUCAUAAAAGUCUUAGCAAUGUAAUUGCGAGUAGUAAUGGUGGUAGUGGUCGGGCCGUACUAAUAGGUAUACUAAGUGGUGCCAGUCCUAAGUUGCAUACCUGUCAGUCCAAACAUAGCGAUACUAUUUUGAUAUUUGUACGCAUAUCUAAACACAUUGAUUGGAUUAUUAAUACUGUGUCCGCACAAUAA